AUGGGAAUCUCAUGCAUGGGUGUGAGGAUUUGGUCAGUAUUCAUGCAACUGUUUCCCCUGAUGAUCAUCACUUUGGCCUCUUCAAAUCUGAGAGGAAAUGAGGUGGAAAGACUGUCCUUGCUUGCCCUUAAAUCUGCAGUCUAUGAUCCUCUGGGCAUCCUUAGCUCCUGGAAUGAUUCCUCCAACUUAUGUGAUGAGUGGCGAGGGAUUACUUGCGGCCGAAGACACCCGAGAGUCACGGUUCUGGACCUCCAAUCCAGCCAGCUGGAGGGUACCCUAUCUUCACACAUCGGAAACUUGAGCUUUCUCAGGACAUUAAAUCUCCAAAACAAUAGCUUCCACGGCACCAUCCCUCAAGAAGUUGGUCGAUUGUCCCGGCUGCAAGUACUACACCUCGGGGACAACUUGUUCAGAGGUGAUAUCCCCAUCAAUAUAUCUCAUUGUUUUAAUCUCCAACGUCUUGUCUUGGCUAAUAACACUCUUAGUGGGAAACUUCCAAUGGAACUUGGCUCAUUGGUCAAGCUUCAAAUACUUACUUUCCGUAGGAACAAUUUAGCUGGGGAAAUUCCACCUUCUUUUGGAAAUCUUUCUUCCCUUCAGUUUCUUUCUGUGGAAGAAAAUAGAUUGACUGGUACCAUCCCUCACGAAGUUGGUCGAUUGUCCCGGCUGCAAGUACUACACCUCGGGGACAACUUCUUCAAAGGUUAUAUCCCCAUCAAUAUAUCACAUUGUUCUAACCUCCAAUAUCUUGUUUUGGCUAAUAACAGUCUCACUGGCGAAAUUCCAAUAGAACUUGGCUCAUUGUUGAAGCUUCAAGAACUUACUUUGCGCGGGAACAAUUUAGUAGGGGAAAUUCCCUCUUCCUUUGGGAAUCUUUCUUCUCUUAAGAUUCUUUCUAUGGAAGAAAAUAAUCUGCAAGGUGGCCUCAUGAAUAGCCGCCUUGGGAAAUUGAAAAGCUUAAGAUAUCUUGCAUUGGGUACAAACCUAUUGACUGGUACCAUCCCUCCCUCCAUAUACAACCUUUCUUCAAUUCAAUACAUUUCUGUGAUUGGAAACCAAUUUCAUGGAACUCUUCCUUCAGGGUUGGGCUACACAAUAUUUCCAAACCUUCAAAUCUUUCAGUUCCAAAUGAACAGAUUCAGCGGACCAAUUCCAUCUACGAUCUCAAACGCAUCCAACCUUUCACUAUUUGGGAUCUCUGAUAAUAGUUUUACCGGAAAAGUCCCUAGUCUGGCAAGACUGUCCAAUCUGGUUCGGUUGGAAAUUGAUUAUAAUAAUCUUGGAAAUGAGGAUGAUGACUUGGAAUUUCUCUCUUCUCUGGUUAAUUGUACCAGUUUAGAACUUCUGGAUAUUACUGGGAAUAACUUUCAAGGAGUGCUUCCUGAAUCUAUCAGCAAUCUCUCAACAAAGCUCAAGGUAAUGAGCUUAGGAAGGAAUCAGCUAAGCGGAAGCAUUCCCAUUGGGAUCGGAAAUCUCCUCAACUUGGGAGUACUAAGCUUCGAGGCAAACCUAUUGACAGGCACCAUACCAAAUUCAGUAUGUAAGAUAAGUAGAUUGUACAAUCUGUUUUUAAGUUAUAAUCAGCUAUCAGGUACUAUCCCAUCUUGUCUGGGAAACUUAACUUUGUUAAGUAGCUUAGUUCUCAAGUCAAACAACUUGCAAGGUGGCAUACCACAAAGUCUUGGUCAGUGCAGGAAUUUGUUAGCUUUGGUUCUUUCUCAAAAUAAUCUUAGUGGUCCUAUUCCAAUAGAAGUCAUCCGUUUACCAUCCCUGUCACAAGUUUUGGAUUUAUCCAGUAACCAUUUUAGUGGUUAUAUUCCCAUUGAAGUAGGUUUUUUGUCUAAACUUGCUUCCUUGAAUCUUGCUGAAAAUAGAUUAUCUGGAGAUGUCCCAGGUAGUUUAGGGGCAUGCACAGGUUUAACAAGUUUGCACCUCAAUGGAAACUUGUUGCAUGGGAAAAUUCCUCAAUCUUUGAGUUCCUUGAGAGGGAUUCAAGAUCUUGACCUCUCUCAUAACUCCUUCUCUGGAACAAUCCCUGAUUAUUUGCAGAGUUUCCCCUUCUUGCAGAAUUUGAACCUCUCAUUUAAUGAUUUUCGAGGUGAAGUACCCAUACAAGGAGUUUUCGGGAAUACAAGCGCAGUUUCUCUCCUGGGAAACAGACGACUUUGUGGAGGUGUACCUCAGUUAAGAUUGUCUAAAUGUAGGUACUUGCCUAAGACAGAUAAAGCAUUAUUGUAUAGGCUGGCUAUUAUCACAAUUUCUUCUGGGGCCAUUAUUUGGUCAGUGUACUUUGUGCUCCUCUAUGGAUCAAGAAACUCUGGAGUUAAGUCAGCUUCAGUAUCAUCAUUGGAUGUUUCCUUCUUAAAAUUGUCAUACGGCGAUCUCCUGAAAGCAACUGAAGGCUUUUCUUCUCGGAAUUUGAUUGGUUCCGGUAGCUCUGGUUCUGUAUACUGGGGAGUUCUUGAUCAACAUGAAGAAAGAAUUGUUGCUGUGAAAGUACUCAAUCUUCAGAGUUCAAGAGCUUCUAGAAGUUUCAUAUCUGAAUGUGAAGUGUUGAAAAGCAUAAGGCACCGGAAUCUUGUCAGACUAGUGACUGCUUGCUCAAGUAUUGAUUUUCAAGGGAACGAAUUCAAAGCUUUGGUUUUUGAGUUCAUGUUGGAUGGAAAUCUAGAUGAAUGGUUACACUAUUCAGCUCAAAGAGUGGUUGGAAGCCCCAUUGUGCAGCUGCAUUUAAAUCUUCUUCAAAGGGUAAAGAUUGCCAUUGAUGUAGCUACUGCUCUGGAUUACUUGCACAAUCGCUUUCACGUCCCAAUAGUUCAUUGUGAUUUGAAGCCGAGUAAUGUUCUCCUAGAAAAUGACAUGACUGCCUGCGUUUGUGAUUUUGGUUUAGCAACCUACCUCCCAGAUACUUCUUGUCCAGUUCCUUCAGUACAGUACCCUUCCAAUUCGAUAAGGGGUACCAUUGGCUAUAUUGCCCCAGAGUAUGGCAUGGGAAGUGCGGUCUCAACACAUGGGGAUGUAUAUAGCUAUGGAAUCCUGUUACUGGAGAUGCUUACUGGUAAGAGGCCAACAGACGACAUGUUUAGAGAUGACAAGAACUUGCACAAUUUUGUUCUGAUGGCUUUGCCUGAACGUGUGAAAGAAAUAUGUGAUCCGGUGCUUCUUCAAGAAAAGGAAAGCAGCACUAGUACAAAUACUGCAAGCAAUAGGAAUGAUGUCCGGAAUGAUGAAGCACAAAGAGUUGAAGAGUGCCUUAUUUCCAUUGCUAGGAUAGGAGUUGCUUGUUCGGUGCAUCUGCCCAAAGCGCGAAUGGAGAUUGGGAAUGUUGUAGCUGAAUUACGUGUAGUAAGGGAUGUACUGACUGGAACCGGGAUGCCUAGAGAGCAUAUGAUCUGCCUAAGGCCUUAGCCGCCAAAAUGAUUUGUUGUGGGAGAGUCCAACAUAGAGCCACGGAUGAACCCACUUUCACUAUUUGGUGAGUCCAACAUAUCUUUGAUUAUGACAU